GACGUUUUUAACGCUUUUUUCAUUCAACAAAACCCAUUCGAACAUUCAUCAUGUCUUCAAAUUCACGCAAGGUGAUAAUCGUCUUCAAGGAUGGUACUCCUCGAGAUGAAGUUAAUAAGGCUGCUGAGGAGAUCAAGUCCAAAGGCGGAAAGAUCACACAGAAAUACACGCUCUUGCUGGGCUUCGCAGCUGAAGUUCCAGAAUUUGAACUUCAGAUGUUGAAUUCUCAUCCUCAUAUUGACUACAUUGAAGAUGAUGGUAUAGUAACCAUCCAAAAAUAAAAAAAAAAUUACUACUGAGAUGCACUAAAACGUAAAUAGCCAACAAUAAACAUAAAACAUCAGAUGACAUCAGGGA